AUGGAGGUGGAGAUUUUGUUGCAAAGCUACGAGCCAGCCCACCACUGCAGACUGCCACCCGCCAACAACUCAACGACACCAACGAUGCAAGAAUGGAUCCCGUACGACGAACGAACGAAGGAAUGGUCGAGAUGUGAGAUGUUCAUCAACUCAUCCAUCAACAACCUCACUACAGGAUGCAGGCAUGGAUGGCAGUACGAGAAUGUGGACCUUGAAGGACCCACCAUUGUUACUAAGUGGGACUUGGUGUGUCAAAGAAAUUUCUUCGCACAAGUAUCUCAGACGAUGUUUGUGGUUGGGAUCAUGGUGGGAGCCAUCAUCUUCACGAUCCUCGGAGACAAGUUUGGAAGGAAGCCGACCUACUUGUUCGCACAUCUCGGCUUAGCUCUUGCAGGCUGCAUUUCUGCUUUUGUUCCCAAUCUCUACCUUUUCAUGUUUCUCAGAUUUUGGAUUGGAGUUUUUCAACAAGGCUGUCUCCUGCUCGGUUUUGUGCUCGUCACUGAAUUUUUCUCAGCUGACGAACGAACACUGAUCGGAAUCUUCAGCGCGAACUUCUGGGCAAUCGGAUGUGCAGUGCUGCCACUGCUCGCCUACAUCCUUCGUGACUGGGUUUACCUGCAAGUCUUCAUCAGCCUCUCUUGUCUUUUGAACAUGCCCUUAUUCUGUUUGAUGCCUGAAUCAGUGGCCUGGCUGUACGCCAACGAUAAAAUUGAUGAGACUGAGAAAAUUUUGAAGCAUGCGGCGAAGGUGAAUAAGGUGGUCCUGCCUAAAAUUGAUUUGCACGUGAAACAUCGGUGUUCGUUGGACGGCAGUUGCUUGGAUCUUGAGGGCCGGGAUGAGAGGACUCUGCAGAAGCACCAGGCUGUUAAGUACACUUACCUUGAUUUCGUCAGGAACAAAACGAUGCUCAAACAUUUCUCUAUCUCUGGAAUUUUGUGGUUUUUCGUGACGUUGAUAUAUUACGGCCUCUCAUGGAGCACUGCUGAAUUAUCAGGUGACAGGUACCUGAAUGCUUUCUACAACGGCUUCGUUGAGAUCCCAGCCUACACGAUAGCUUACUUCGCCGUUAACAGAUUUGGUCGCAAGAGACCAUGUGUGGUGUUCUACAUAAUUGGAGGAACGGCCUUGUUCAGUCUCACCUUCCUCACCAACACAGAAAAUUUCACGGUGUUGGUGUGCAGUACCGUGCUGAACAUGGUGGGAAAGUUUGGCACGACUGGUGCGUUCGGUAUCAUCUUCCUCUAUUCUGCCGAACUGUUCCCAACUAAUUUGAGAAGCCAAGCGGUAGGUGUGUGCUCGUGCAUGGGUCGAGUUAGUACCUUGCUGGCUUCCUUCUCAACUUACAUGGCUAGGAUGUUUCCAACGGCUCUCAGUUUGUCAUUCGCAUGCAUGUCAAUCCUCUCGGCAGUUCUUGUGAUGUUCCUUCCUGAGACCAACCAUCGGCCCCUUCCAGAAACCAUCGAAGAGAUUGAGGCCUGGAGACAUGUUCCUGCGGUCAGCAUGAAGAAAGCAGCUGGUGUCAGAAGGAUGGAAGGUAGCAAUGGGGAGCAGCUUUGA